AUGAAUUAUUCAUCUGAUGAGGAUGACAAGCCCUUGGUUUUCAAAAGGAGCUCAAAUUCUAAUAGAUUGAAGCAUUCCUCUCAACAGAAGCCAACUUCCAUUAGUAAGCAGGGGACCAACAAACUUAUAUUUGAAAAACCACCUCCAAAUGUGCGUAAAAUAGUACUUGCUACAAAUAUUGAUGAAGCAAGUAUUACAAUUAAUGAUGUGGUUUUAGUGGUUGAUUGUGGAAAAGCUAAAGAGACUACUUAUGAUGCCUCGAAAAAUACUCCUUGUUUGUUGCCUUCAUGGAUAUCACAAGCAUCUGCUCGCCAAAGAAGGGGUAGGGCAAGGCGUGUGCAAACAGGGGAAUGUUUGGAAGUUGGAAGUAUUGGAGAGUUUUUAUCAGCUACUUUGGUGCCUCCAGAGCCAUUAGCUGUCCAAAAUGUUGUGGAUUUUUCAAAGAUGAUUGGAGCAUUAGAUGUAAAUGAAAAUCUUACACAUCUUGAUUAUCUUUUCUCAUUUUUUCAAAAUAUACGUAAAUAUCUGGCAAUGCUUCCAUUGGAUCCGAAAUUAGGGAAAAUGCUGAUAAUGGGUGCUUUUUUUCGUUGCUUUGAUCCUAUUCUUACAAUUGUUCCUGGACUUAGUGUCAGGGAUCAUUUUCUUUUGCCUCAAGAGAACAAAGACCAAGCUAGUACAACAAAAUCAAUAUUUUCUGCAAAGGAUUACAGUGAUCAUAUGGCACUUAGGAAUUUCCUUUCUGCUCAAACACUUCAAGCUAUACAUUCUUUAAGGAAUCAGUUUAUCCAUAUUUUGAAAGAUGCUCAAUUACUUGAGACUAAAUCGGGGAUUAACAACGGAUUAAGUCAUAAUCAAUCAUUGGUUAGCGCCAUUAUAUGCUCAGGCCUUUUUCCUGGAAUUGCAUCUGUAGUGCAUAGGGAGACAUCAAUGUCCUUCAAAACUAUAGAUGAUGUCCAAGUCUUACUCUAUGCAUUUUUUUAUUACGUCGGUGGUGGCGAAGUUCAAUACCAUGGCGAGGUUGCAAGGCUUAAAGUUGACAUGAAGAUUGUCAAAGGAUAA